AUGGAGGCUAUUCCCUCAGCUUCUGGCGAUGUGGGAUUACAAAAUUCUGCCACAGUCAAGAAUCAAGAAUUGCGGCUGCAGCAAGAAGUCAAGAGUUGCUGCUGUGGCUUGACUUUAACAAGAUCAUUCAUGGAAAAUAAUUUGGAGCAGCUCAACCAGAACGAAAAGCUCCCAAUUGAAACAAUGCAGAAUGAUCUUGUUUUCUUAAGAUCAUUCUUGGAAAAUAACGGGGAGCAACACAACCAGCAUGAACAGCUCCAAGCUAUUUGGAGUCAGGUUAUUGAGGUGGCACACAAGGCAGAGUUUGUUAUCGACUCCUUAGUAGUUGGAGAUGUGUCAUUUUAUUCUCUGAUGUUACUUGACAACAUCACAGAAGAAAUUAAGCUUGUUAAGAGUGAAGCACAGAAUGCAACCACAAUCUCGAAGCAUGUAACAUCACAAGCAAGAAGCAAGUGGAGCACUGGAACAACCCACCAGGUGUCGCACCAGGUAGCAAACCAGGAAUCCCACCAAGUACUUGACGAAGUUAAUCUUGUCAAAACUGAACUCUCAAAGAUUGAUGACGAAAAGGAUGUCUUCAAACCUCAGAAAACUACCAUGGUUCUGAACCAGGCGUUCUACUGGCUUCCUAAUUUUUCCAAAGCAGCAAUAAGCAAGUGGAGAGGCGAAAAGACUGAGACCUUGGAGAUUGAAGGCGAUAAGUACGUCAUUGAAGCCCAAGAAGUUACCAAGAGCCCGAGGGACAUGCCAUCACAGAGUAGUAUCUCAGCAAUCAAUGAAGUUGUUGUAGAUCUGAAGGAUCAGGAGCAAGCAAUAAUUGAUCAACUUGUAGGAGGAUCAAAACAGUUCAACAUCGUGUCCAUAGUGGGCAUGCCUGGAAUAGGUAAGACAACUUUGGCACAAAAAGUCUACCAUGAUCCUUCAAUUAUAUCUCACUUCCACAUUCUUGCAUGGUGUUGUAUCUCCCAAGUAUAUAGCAAGAAAGAUUUGUUACUAGAAAUUUUAGCUUGCAUUGACGAGAAAGACGAAUAUGCUGAAAGGAAUGAAAAUGAUUUGGCUAACACACUUCGUAAACACUUGAAGCAAAAGAAGUAUCUCAUAGUUUUGGAUGACGUUUGGGACACUGAGGCAUGGAAUGCUUUGAAAGAAUCAUUCCCAGAUGAUACCAAUGGGAGCAGAAUUCUCUUAACAAGUCGAAACCAUGAGAUUCCUGGUAAGCCUCACCUUCUUCGGCUACUUACUGAGGAAGAAGGAUGGGAAUUACUACAAAGAAAGCUGGAAGUUACCAGGGAAGAAGGCUAUCCUCCAGAACUAGAUGUUCUUGGGAGGCAAAUAGCAAAAAAUUGUAAUGGGCUGCCACUGUCAAUUGUCAUUAUAUCUGGAAUUCUUGCAACCCUGGAUCAAGAUGCUUGGGAGAAAGUUGCAGAAAGGCUAAGUUCAAAUGGCGUGGUUGGUGCCACAGGACAAUGCAAGAGUAUAUUAGAGCUGAGUUAUGUACAUCUACCUGACCAUUUGAAACCAUGUCUUCUUUACUUUGGAGCAUUUAGAGAAGAUCAAGAAAUACCUAUCCGGAGGUUGAUGUGGUUAUUGGUAGCAGAAGGAUUUGUGCAGAAAAAUGAGUUGGAGAGCACAGAGAAAUUAGCAGAAGGCUAUAUAAUGGCUCUAAUUAACAGAAGCUUGGUUAUGGUGGGGCAACGAAGAUCCACAGGUGGGGUCAAGACCUGCCGCAUUCAUGAUUUGUUACAUGUGUUCUGUGUUGGAAAAGCCAAAGAUCAAAAUUUUCUACAUUUGGUACAAGGGUAUGAUGAAUUUCUUGAAUUGGAUGAGUUACAACACCCACGUCGGUUAUCCAUUUACUGUCAACCAAAGCAAUUUGCGAAGUCAAGGAUAUUUUGUCCCCACCUACGCUCUCUACAACAUUCUACAUCGGGUGUUAGAAGGCGUGAAGUAUCAUACAGCUUAUCCUCCAUUCAUCAGAUGAAACUUCUUAGAGUAUUGGAUUUGGGACAUAUUAGUUUAGGUUUUACUUUUCCGAAUGAAUUAUGCUUGCUCGUUAGGCUGAGGUACUUGGCAGUUCUAGGUAGGAUGAACAUCAUCCCAUCCUCACUAGCUAACCUCCUAGAUUUGGAAACUUUUAUUGUGACAACAUAUUAUUCAGGUGGUGGCCUUUCUUUAUUGCAAGAUGCUUUCUGGAAUAUGCUGAAAUUGAGGCAUCUUCAUGUACGUGGUGCUCUGAUUGAUCUUAGUUUGGCCAAUGACAACCCUGAAUCCUCGUCUGUCUUGUAUAACUUAGACACCUUUUCUACUCCAAAGCUUUACGUAGGGCAAAGCUUGGAUGCGAUGAUAAGGAAGUUUCCAAAUAUCCGCGAACUGAAAUGCUGUCUCCUAGAAUCAGAGGAAUCUACUAGUGACAGCAUCAAGAUUGUGGCAAUGGACUCUCUCAGGCAACUUGAAUCACUAAAGCUGCUUCUUAGUCAGGUGAGUGCACAUCAUAUUGAACUUCUUCUCCCCUCAAAUCUUAGACGGUUGACCCUGGUGGACUUUUCUUGGAGUCUACUUUCCUCCGUUGGACAGCUAUCCAAUCUUGAGGUUCUCAAAUUAAUCGGACAAUCUGAUGGUGAUGGGGUUAAGGAAUGGGACAUGGAAGAAGGACUCUUCCCCAAUCUCAAAGUCUUGAAAUUGAAAUCCUUGAAUAUAGUCUGCUGGAAGGGCUCGGAAGAUAAUUUUCCCUGUCUUGAGAAAUUAGUUUUGGAAGAUUGUGUGGAAUUAGAAGAGCUCCCUUUCUGUUUAUGGGAAACAUUAACUCUUCAAUUGAUCCAGGUGCAUGGAUGUCUAUACUCUACUGGCGAUUUAGCUCGAGAUAUUAUGGAAAAACAGAUGGACUAUGGAAAUGAGGAUCUGAAAAUCUGUAUCUCAGGGGAAAUUGAGGAUACUUCUUCAUGGUCCGAUUGA